AGGUGGCAUCUGUUGUAAAGCUCGGAUAUUCUCCGGGUCAGGAUGGCUUCCGAGGCGUCGAAGAUGAACCCAAGAUAAUUCUCUGUUGCCAAGAAGAAUUGGCAUUUCUCCGGACGGAGGCGGAAACGAUUCUCCUGGAUGCGUUGAAGCACCAUGUCAAUUCACGUGUGAAGUUAAGCGGUAGAGCCAGAGACAAUCAGCAAAUCAUCCAGAAUCUGCUUGUGUAUAUAGCACGGGAUGGUGUAGCGGUCACAGAUCUCUUCCGGCGUCCUGGAAAUCCACAAGAUAUGAAGAAGAUAAUAGCCGAUUUGGAGGCAGGAAGACCGAUUGAUUGGACGGACUAUAAUUUCUACACACUCGCGAAUAUUGCUAAGAGAUACUUGCUUCACAUAAACGGAGGUAUCUUAGGUCCAGAGGCGGAAGAAUUUCUCAUGGAUAUGCUGGAUUCACCGGAUGACCAGGCAAGGAUUGAAGCGAUGCACAGCGUAAUCGUUUCGCAACCCAAACCGGUACAACAGUUGUUGGCGCUGCUGUUCGGAAUCUGGUUUCGCAUGAUCUAUCACACCGAAGUUAACGCGAUGUCUGUUGAGGCCGUAGCCAAAUCCGUAGCUGGGUCCAUUUUUCCCACGUGUACUACUUCACCGCAGAAAGUUGAGAGGGCUUCCAAGGUGAUGGAAUAUCUGAUCACGGGAUUUGCGUCGGCUGACCUUUUUAGUCGUGAACUGAUUCAGUAUUUCACAUCGGAAACAAAAACCAGCAUAUCCAGGGUUGAAAAGUUCAAAUACGAAUUCCGGUUUCCCAAAGACGUACCGCGGGAGAAAUCAGUCCGACUUUUCAUGCGGCUCCUACUCGAAGAAGGCAAGAAACACGGAUUCCAUUUGAUUCGCGACGCGGUAUCCAAAGACGUGUUUGAGAACACCAAUUGGGAAGCUACCUGCUCGCGCAACACUAGUGUUAAAAAGGUCUCGUGUUCUAGCGAAACCUCAAGACUGGCGGAUAAUUCGUCUUACAGUUGCGAUUGUGCGAUUACCCAGUCGGGUGGGGUUUGCGACGAUCCUCGUCAUCACAGCCCACAACAUCAUGCCUAUUCCGGACCUGCGCAGGCAGUCAACGCCCCCGGUGUCACUGUAAUGCAAACAAAAUCCAGUGUUACUUCCACACCCAUCCUUCCUCGAAGAGGCAGCACUCAAACGACUGACACAACGCACCAGCAACCUGUGAUCUUAUCAACAGCUUCCCCAAACUCAUCCAACAACGCAAUUCAACAGUUAUCGGAAAAGAGAACUUGUGUCACAACUACUCCUUUACGUCCUUAUCAUGUGCCUGAUUCCAAACCUCAGACUAUGGAUUUCCCUCCUUCCAAAGCUACCCCCGGACAAACCAGCCCUUUUCGAUUCCGAGUUCCGGACCAGCCGGUUCGACAAACAAACGGAGAACAGCUACAAACCAAGGCCCUGGCGCGUCAUGCUACACCACAGGUAGCAUGUUUCAACUCUGUCAAACGCAGGCAGCUAGAACGGCUACAGAAGCGUUCUGAUUGGUUCCUUAGUCCUCCCGCUGGCCUUCGUUCUACCGGCCUUAUGCACCUUGAUCCGAACGCUCCGCGAGCAGACGCCCCAGUUACCAAGGAGCGACCAUCCGUAGCCCCCAUAUCGAGUUCCGGUUAUGGGAGUGUUCAGCAGACUAGCCUCUCAGAUUUUGACAUGUACCCCACGGAGUCCAGUCAUCUGGGUUCCAGUUCCAAUGCCCUGAUGGAUGAGGUAGAACUUGAGCGUGCCAGCUCUGAGGAUUGUAUUGAAACUACAGAUGAUGAAGAAAUUGACCGACUGUUGCUUCUUGAUCACGGACGUUUUUGGGGGCCCGAGAGAUCUCGUGCCCCAUCAGGACGCGAAGCAGGCCCCGUACUGGAGAGUAGAACUGGAUCAACAAACCGACUGCGUGUUUUGGAUGAUUGUCAGGUUUCCAGACCACUGACCUCGUGCAAACCCAGUGUCGAAGAAAAGGAGAACUUUCCGGAGGUGGAGAUUCGUUAUUACGUGGUGGAACGAUACUAUGGUCCAGAACCAAAACCUGCCAGCAUUUUACAAUUUCCUGAACGGCAAUGUGUCGAGUGUACGUCGAACGUACAGAGAUCUUCGGCACGUCCUAACCAAAGCUAGCAGAAAUGCCCUCGUGCAACGUUUCAAUCCUUUUCUCUCUCUACCUACUUGUUGAGUUCAUGUUGUUAUUUUAUUUUGAGCUGCCCUGCAUCCUAUGCUGUCCUCGCUUCAGACAAUUAUAGCUGUCUUUUUAUUCUCCUCACCCAACUGUAACAACUCGUAACUCAGCUAAUCCAAACCGAUGUUCUUUCUCACUUUUGUUUUAUGAAUGGUUACAGGUUACGUGAGAAAUACCGUAUGUGCACCACAGUCUUUGUACAAAUUUGCACCCUCUACGCUUUUUCAUCCAAGCCGGUUUACAUCCCUGAGGAGCACUCUUGAGACAGAGUGUGAUAUCCUUUUGAGUUCCAUCGUUUUAUGGCCUUUGUCACUGGUAACGUGUUCCCCGCACACCCACCAACUCUUUGACUACAUCCUUGAUUUCCUGUUCUGGUGGAAGCCCCUCGUUUUGUAUAGUUUCGUCCCAGAUUUAUACGGAGUUUGAA